AAGCUAGAACGAUGUGUUUUGUAAACACCUUUUAUGAGUAAUAAAUCCGUGAAUCAUGCACAACACAUUCCCAAAAUAUGCUCAGAUUAAAUUUGCGAGUUUCGAUUGCUAAAUAAUUUAAAAAUGUAAGCAUAGAUAGCCUCUAUUGUCCACUGAUUUUAGAAGUGUCUAGUCUUAAUAUAUUUGUUGAUCUUUGAAGACGAUAUCGGAUGAUUUAUCUAGAUUAUUUGUUUAGCAUAGUAACUAUCAAAUUCAAUAUAUUAAAAUUAUAAAUGAAGCGAACUAUUUGUAACUGCUCAUAACGAUAAAAAUAUACAUUUCUGAUAUAUUGAACACCUUGGAAAUUGCAAUGUCACAGAUGAGGAUGUUUAUAUCGUUGUCGUAUCAAAAUAUCCGUUAGCAUUCCAUAAUUGUUUUUGUUCGCCAACUUGUAUCGUGAUCUGACAUACUCGGGGAUAUUUGCGAAAAAUGUCGAUGCAUAUAAAUCAUUAUGUAUUUGAAACAUUGUUAGGACAAGGCACUUUUGGAUCCGUUUAUCUAGUACGAAGAAAAAGAGACUCUAAGCCGUUCGUCGUGAAAGAACAAGCUCUCAACACUAUAAACGCUUUGCCCUUCAAGAAUAUAUUGGGAGAAAUACAAUGCCUGCACACGCUGAGACAUCCAAAUAUCGUGGCUUAUCACGGAGCUUGGAUAGAGGAAAAUCACAGUUACAUUCUUAUGGAAUUCGCGACUCGGUGCACUUUGAAAGAUUUGCUUGAAAAACGCCAGUCGCCGCUCAAAGAGGAAGAUGCACUGUACCUGUUUUCACAAGUUGUCCUUGGCGUCCAUCACAUACACUUCAAGAAGAUCCUCCAUCGGGACUUGAAACCGGAGAACAUCAUGCUAACCGGAAGUCAUGGAAAUGUCGUUAAAAUUGGAGAUUUCGGUGUCUCGAAGAAUUUUCAAGAAUUAAAAGAUCUAACGAGCACGUGUUGUGCCGGAUCAUUUUAUUACAUGGCACCGGAAAUGCUGAAGGGCGAAAUUUAUGAUUUUAAAUGCGAUGUAUGGAGCAUGGGGGUCAUUCUUUACGAGAUGGUUACGAAAAGGCUUCCCUUCCCUGGCACGACCUUGGCAGAGAUCAUCGAAAUGGCGUGUAACAAAGGCCCACGACCUCUUUGCGGAAAGACGUCAACGGCUGUCGUCAAUCUGAUAUCGAAAAUGCUGAGGAAACAACCAUACUCCCGGCCGAACGCGGAUCAAUUAGUUCUCUGCCCUUACCUCGCGCGUUUCAUUGCCCUAAUAUAUUUGAAUCUUGGUCGAAUCGAAUGUAUAGCAGAUCAGGACAAUAGAAGUUUCAGUCCAGAGAUGUUUUUAAAGUUUCUGAAGCUUCACGAGAAACGUAUGGGAUAGACAGAUAGUUCAGCGAGUAACUGUAAAAAAAAAAGAAAAUAGUGAAACACCGAUACGAUUAUAACAUAUCCCUAUCUCGAUGGAAUUGUCCGACGAACGGUUAUCGAACUCGGCCUCUAUACUAGGAUCAAAAGCGUAACGACAGGAAGCAAAGGCCGGAACUGCGGAAUGCUCGUUUUAUUUCAUCACGUGCAUACCUCUCGAAAACCGUUCGGUCGGUAUUUUAGUUAGAAGAAUAUCACCCUUCCGCGCGUAACGAAGCCGCGGUAACCGUGUUGCGACUGUGCUGUUCUUCGAUGUUAUAUACUCGAUACGGAACGAAUGGCACCUCUCGUCUCGAACAGUAGUUUUUAUUUUAUUAAAGCUAAACGGUCACUGUUUAGAACAAGAUUUUUAAUAGCUUUGGUCUCGAUUGGUGCUACUCGUAAAAACAAAAUUAAAUUUAGUUAAAAAGCUUUCGAAUGAAAUAGAAAUAUGUACAUCUUGAUUCUUCAUUACAGUUCGUUUAUUGUGCCCAAGAAGAGUGGUUGGAAGGCCUACUCGAACCGCUGAGAGUUUAGACGACACAAGUGAAUAUUUUCUGUACUUUACGAAUGCGGCCAAGUUGUGACG